UUUAAUGGUCAUCGACACGAAAACUUAACAUUUUUUCCUCUCUUCCCACAUAUACUGCUUGGCUUGCUGAGAAUUUCCAGCAUUUUGUGUCUCCAACUCAGUGUCUCCAACUUGUGUUUCCAACAUCUGCGCAAUUUUUAUUUUGUUUUCAACAAUUAUUUUAUUGGAUUGGCUGUGAUUUUCUGCCAAUCGGGCCACUGAGACAGUGUAUACUUUCUGCUCUCCCUCUUAAAACAACCUGCUUGUCCUUCAAGUUGUACGGUCGAGAAAGAAAAAGAAAAUCACUAAUUAAAAACAGAAAAUCAGACCUUACAAGUCUGUAAAUUUGCAAACCAUAAACUGACCUCGGAUUUAAGGACUGCGGCUAAACUCUUUAAUGAAAGUGACGGUCUCCAGCCAGGGGAAAUCGUGUUGUUCUUUCUUUCCCCUCCCCCCUCAAAGAUGACCUUUUCCUGGAACGGAUUUGCAGCGGGGCCGGGCGAUGGAAAACAUCAACCCACAACUGCACGGCGAACCUGGUCUGCCGACUCCGCCCGCCUCCCUCCCCGUGCACAGGGCGAGCGCGAGCCACCGAACCGUUGGCCCCGCGCCCGGCUCGCGGACAGGCGGCCCUGCUGGGCCCGGGAAUGCUGGGACAUCCGCCCCAACCGUCGCGAACAUGGCGUCCGGCGCGCUGCUCAACUUUCGCCGGGGCACCGCAGGAUAUGUGCCUGUUUGUUGCAGAGUUUCCUCAUUACAAUUCAACACUGCCCAGAAGCUCAAAGCAUUUGGGGUUCAGCUUAUAAGAUGUAUCUUUUGGCAACGUGCCUCCUACCGAGUCGUCCAUCCGGCUAUUGUUGGACCUUCUUACCCUGUACCUAAGCACAUAAAGAAACCAGACUAUGUGACGACAGGCAUUAUACCAGACUGGGGAGACUACAUCGAAAUUAAAGAUGAAGAUCAGAUUCAGGGCCUUCGACAAGCCUGUCAACUGGCUCGCCAGAUCCUCCUCUUUGCUGGAAGGAGUUUAAAGGCUGGCAUGACAACUGAGCAAUUGGAUUACAUUGUUCAUAAUGAAACUAUCAGAAAUAAUGCAUACCCUUCACCGUUGGGUUAUGGAGGUUUCCCAAAGUCUGUUUGCACCUCUGUGAACAAUGUGGUAUGUCAUGGCAUACCCGACAGCCGACCCCUUCAGGAUGGGGAUAUUAUCAACAUUGAUGUCACAGUGUAUUUUAAUGGAUACCAUGGUGACACUUCUGAAACAUUUUUGAUUGGAAAUGUGGAUAAAUCUGGGAAAAAACUCGUGGAGAUUGCCAGAAGAUGCAGAAAUGAAGCAAUUGCUGUUUGUAGGCCAGGAGCACCGCUGAAUGUAAUUGGAAACACAAUCAGUGAGAUAGCACAUUCCAGUGGGUUGCAAGUUUGUCCUUAUUUCAUUGGCCAUGGGAUAGGCUCAUAUUUUCAUGGACAUCCUGAAAUUUGGCAUCAUGCUAAUACAAAUGAUCUGCUGAUGGAAGAGGGAAUGACAUUUACUAUUGAACCAAUUUUGAUGGAGGGAUCCCCAGAAUUUAGAAUCCUGCAGGAUGGGUGGACUGCUGUUUCUACCGAUAAUCUUAGGUCAGCACAGUUCGAGCACACUGUAGUAAUAACCUCAGAAGGAGCAGAAAUUCUAACCAAAUUGCCGGAGGAAGAUCAAGGGUAAACAGGAAAAACGGAUUCGAUGCAGGCAAAGCAUUUAAAGGACUUUCUGUGGAGAGGGUUUGAAGGCCGCGCUGUUGUUAACACCGCCGAUGAUCAUCGAAACCAGGUCGAAUUUGACUAUAUUGGAAAUUUAUCGAGCUUGGAAUUUGAUAUUUUAACAUGGUUUUUGACAUGCAAAGUUUACUGCUCCGUAACAAUAAAUAUUUUCAAUAUAAGGAUCCAGUAAGUGCUGUUUUAAGCGUCGUUGGCCCCAAAUCUGCAUCUAGUCAAGAUAACUGAAACGUUUCACCCAGCUUCCAAUAGAUUUGUGUCCAAGUUGAGGAAGAUGUUAUCUAAAUUAUCUGCCUAUAGGAAUAAUCCGAUAAAAAGAAGCAGUUUAAACAAGCAGUGUUGCAUAACUGCUUAUUGAUGUUUGAAUUGGAAAAUUAUUUCAAAGAGAAAGUGGAACUUCUGUAUGCGCUGAAAUAAAGAACUGAGUUCAUUUUGAUUUUAAGCCAUUGAAAUGCGACUUUGUUGGAUUCAACACGAUAGGAAUAGAAAUUUUUUUAAUAAAACGUCACCCUGGCUGGUGUUUACGGAGUGUCCAACAAAUUAUUAACUAUUUGGUUAAUCAGGAUUCGACUAUUUGACAGUGGAUCGGGUCAUUACCAAUUAAAACAAGAAUUGUACAGUGUCAGAAGGAAUAAUUGUACUUUGAUACACCUCAAAUGUUUCAAGUGAUUGCUAUUGUUGAAACAUGAAGGUAUAAUGCUUAAACGUUUAAAGAUGCCAGGGACUGGCCUGUUUGAAAAGUUUGUAGCUCUGUAAUGUGCUCAGAGGGAAAUAUAAUUGUCACCAGAUCGUCCAUUUUUCAUGAAGGUACUUGCUUCCAGGGAAUACUUGUGAUGCACUGGUAAUGUCGGAAAAGUAGUUUAGUCUUUAAUCCCUCAUUAUCUCCACUACUCACUAUUUUCCUAUAACUUUAAUUCACACGAUAACCACAGGGUUUCUUGACUGUUCUCGUUAAGCGAAUGUCUCAUUAAGAUGUUAGAUUGUCACCAUAAAGAGGGCGGGUGGAACUUCGGUUCACACAUUCGAUCUAGAGAUUUCAGAUUUGUAUCUUAAAAUAUUGAUUAAAGAUGAGCUGUAAUGUAAAUAGUUAUGGAAGCACAGUGGAAUGACGACAGAGAUGUAAGAGAUUAGACGGUAAAACUACUUUUUCUAAUGAAUCAUUAUUGUGUUCCUCCCAACUCCGCUAAAUUUGGGCGUCGCCUGUUACUCGUGGUAGUUGGAUUGUUUAUAUUUAUAUAUUUACCGUUAUCGUUAAAUUUAGUAUACCGGUGAACUCCCUCAGAAUGUGAAAGUACAUUUUGUAUGUUUAGGAACCGCCAAUCCCACAGAUUGUUUUCGAUAGUUAAGAGUUUUUAUUUUAAAUGCAAUAUCUAUUUCGGGAAUUCCUUAUGGCUUAGCCAAGAUGGCUUUAUUAGCCAAGUUUUAGUACGUUUGUAUUUUUAAAUCUCCGUUUGCUUUCUAUCUAAAUUAGUAAGAGUCUAGACGACAUUUCGUUCCAGUGAUGUGACCAGGGAUGGUGUUUUGUUCCUCAACCAAUUGUUUCGGUACGGGUCAGUCAGCCGGCACAAGAGCCUCUCGUUAUUUUUCUGCAAUAGAUUGUAAACCUAGCCACUGGCCCAUGGCGACUGCAGGUAUUUGCCUAUUAUAAACUUAUGGAAAAUUAUUGAAACAUAAAUAUACGGUAAACAUGUACACAAUCCAUAAUGAAUGGUAUAGUACGUGUUUAAACUCUAAACCAAACAGCGAUUUUUUUUUAGAUUUUUGUGACAAUCUAUUUUCAGCAAAACAGAAUUUAAACAAAUUAAGUCGUCAGUUGGGGUGAGGGGAGGGGUAUGUUGCAGAUGAAAGCUGUGUUACUUUGUAAAGCUUCUAGUAAUAGAGCGCAAAGAACGUUCUCGUCGUUAGUGGAUAUCACAAUUUCACAGUGAAAUGUGGAAGUGUAACUCUUUCGAGCAGGAAAAUAACGUUUUAUGUUGAAUUAUUUGGCCAUUUUGCCCCAUCACCAAAAUUGCGUGUGGCAGAUCGUUUGCAGAUCGAUAUUCACCAAUGUUGUUAAAAUUCUUGUUCAAAGUUGAAUCAUUGUAAGAAUAAAAAUGGGGUGUGAUUUUUAUUGAUUGUGGGGGGAAUGAUUGUUAAAAUAAAAACUGCAUCAUUCUUAUAAGAUUGCUGUUUUCAUAUUUAAUCUUUUUUGGUGUGGGGCACGGUUCAGGGUAAUUAGUCGUAAAAGCAGAAAUUUGUAGAAACGAGAUUUGUCACUUUAAUUGUGCGUGUAAUUAAAUUAUUAAUUUAGUACCGCGUGUGCAGUUAGUCAAUCAGACUAAUACACUGCGUCUAGAUGUUUUCAAAUAAGCUAAGCUUAAGUGCUGAACGAUCCUAUAUGCAUAAGUAAGAUCGUGUUUUGUUUAUACAUGUGAAAAUGCAAAUAUUGCGAACGAUCCUAUAUUGAACAUUGGGUGUUUAAGCAGCGGUUUGAUUAACUGCCUUUUAAAACGAUUGUGAUUAGACAUUAAUUGUUCCGUUUUAACGCGGGGGAAAGGCAAAUUGUUUAUGCGAGCGACAACGGAGUUCAGUGCAUUCUCAAAUGUACACGUUUGGUCGCACUUCAGAUAGUUCUCAGCUUUUAAAAAAACUGGUGAAAACAGGUAGUAGUGCUGUGGGAUUCGUGUGGCAUCUGGACACAAUCAUACACACGUCGGAAGAAUUAAGUAAGAUUGUCACGUCAGCCCCGAGUGGUUUUCAGAACAGAUUAAUUCUGCCUGUUUACAAGAUCUUUAGAUAAAAAUGUCUCUGUUCAUUUUAAAUAUUAAAGGAACUGAACCAAAUCGACAACUGAACGUUCGUGGUGUAAAUUUCAUCUGAAACAGGUGCCGACAUAUUUCUGUUUUUUAGUUGGCAGUAUAUUCAGAGACAGGCUUCUUGAAACCAACUCGAGAAUUACGUAUUUGUACUUAAUACCGCAAUAUCUGUAAUCAUAUUCUAUUCUCUCAAGAUUACAAUAUAAUUAUUGCCUUUUUUGCUCCCACAUCCUAAUUGUUCUACAUAAUUAAUAAACGGUUGUAUUUCAAGGCGAACUGAAUCAUGUCUAAAAUUGCUUCAAGAUUUUGAAUGAUUUGCUGUGAUAUCUGUGUUGGUUUAAUAGUUUAAUGUAACAUUGUAUAAUCCAAUAAAUGUGAAAGAGAUCGGUG